AUAGUCAACUCCUCAUCUCCAGUUCCCAUUCUCCUGUGUUUGCAACUUUACAUUUCUCCUGAAAACAAUGUCAGUAAGAAGAUUUCUCAUCCUCCUCUUCUUUACAAUCCUUCGUCUCUUCACAAUCUCCUCCUGGCUCUCUCCUUUCAAUAUUUACUUGUCAAUAGUAAUUCUUGCAAACGGCCUUUCAUUCACAUACCAUUACUUGAAUUACGGUGGCUUUUCAACCUCCUGGAAACCAUAUCAUAGGGAGAGGUGGUGGAAGCUUUGGCUGCGGAGCAUGUGGGCCACGAUUGGCGAGAAGGAUGUGGCGGUUUUGACAGACAAUAACUUCAGCGAUUUCGUUGGCAGAAAUCAGUAUGUGAUGUUGAAUUUCUAUGAGCAUAGGUGCGAAUGGUGUUGGAAGCUGGCACCGGAAUAUGCUGCGGCUGCUACCAUGUUGAAGGGUAAGGCCGUUCUUGCAAAAAUCGAUUCCAAAGAGACAAAGUUGGCGAUGAAGUUCAAGGUUACUGGAUGGCCCACUUUAUACUUAUUGAUCGGUGGAGCUCACAAGGUUCUUUAUGACUCUAAGAAUCGGACCAGGGAUGCUAUUGCUAAUUGGGUGAAUCAGAUAAUGAACAUCACUGUUCAAAAUGUCACAACAAAUGAGGAGGCAGAACGAAUAUUAUCACAAGCAAUAAAAUCUGUGACGGUUUUGGGAUUGCUGGACACUUUAGAGGCGGUACUCAGACAGGAAACCUCUCCUUCCUCAAAUGGAUCCAUACAAGAUCACUUGGUUGGAACACCGUCUUCUUCCUUCCCUUGUUAG